ACAGAGCCCAUAUAUUUUAAAGCCCAUAUCCAUAUCGUUGUCACCACCACAUAUAAACCCUAGUUUUCUUCCACUACUACUAAGUGCGCCAUUUCUUAUUGCAGGGUGUAAGCGCCGUCGUCGAAGCUCAAAGCAGACAUGGGCAUCGAUCUUAAAGCAGGAGGUAAGAGCAAGAAGACCAAAAGAACAGCACCAAAGUCCAAUGAUAUCUAUCUCAAGCUUUUGGUCAAGCUUUAUCGGUUCCUUGUUCGGAGAACUGGCAGCAAUUUCAAUGCUGUUAUCCUCAAGAGGUUGUUCAUGAGCAAGGUUAACAAGCCUCCACUAUCUUUGUCAAGAUUGAUCAAGUAUACUAAGGGCAAGGAAGGUAAAAUUGCUGUGGUGGUGGGUACUAUAACUGAUGAUAUCCGUGUUUAUGAAGUUCCAGCCAUUAAGGUUACAGCACUCAGGUUUACUGAGACCGCAAGGGCAAGAAUUGAGAAGGCCGGUGGUGAAUGCUUUACAUUCGAUCAGUUGGCCCUUAGGGCACCAUUGGGACAAAACACUGUCCUUCUUAGAGGUCCAAAGAAUGCUCGUGAAGCUGUGAAGCACUUUGGUCGUGCUCCUGGUGUCCCACACAGCCACACCAAACCAUAUGUGAGAGCAAGUGGAAGGAAGUUUGAGAAGGCUAGAGGAAAGAGGAACAGCCGUGGAUUCAGAGUUUAAUUUGAUAGUAUUUGUUUGCCGGUAUUAUUACUUCUGAAAUUCAGAUUUUGUCUACAUCUAGACAGUAUUGUUAUUUAUGUUUGAUAACAAUUUUCAGUAUGGAGAAUUUUAUUCGCUA